UUUCACUUUAAAAUUAUGGCCCUUGUUAUUGACCCUUAGCCCUUGUUAUACGCAAAGAGGAACAGCUGCUUUCUAUACACUAUGUCCAACCUUACACACCUCGUGUCAGGUCGUCCCCUCCCCUCCCGAACAACACAAGCUUAUCCAGCCUCCUUUCACUGCUAAACUACUCCAUCCCAGACAACACCUUCUGCACCCCGUCUGGUGCAGUCCCACCACUGCUAAGCUACUCCAUCCCUGCUUUCAGGGAUCUGUGGGCACCCCCACUCUCCCCAAUCCCUCCGUUUCUCUUGAGCUCCCUUGUGUUUUAAGUUGGUUUGCACUUGUAGAAUCAGUAAUUGGUUUGCCAUUCUGUCUAUUGGAAACCGCUCUCGCUCUCGCUCUGUGUGUGUUAUCCUGCCCUCGGACCUAAGCGGCUGCCCCAGGACUUGGAGAACCUUGUCAAGUCUCAGAGGUUCAAAGCGUUGUGCCAGGAGCACAAUCUCUUAAACACAGAGUAGCAUUGGAAGGGGGAACGUUUUGUUCAUUGUACACAGUGUCGGGACAGUUGGGCCGAGACUGGUGCGCCUACUCUCGGGCUGUGGGCCCGUCUGACUUGUCAGCCCAGAUAGGAAUGAGAUUGCCCAAUCCGCCACUACAAGGAAUGCUACACAGCUGCACUGCGAUGAAUCACUUCACUCCAGAACUGCAGUCGUGACAGAAGCUCUUGGAAGAGCUCUCCUCCCUCCCGACCCCAAUCCAAGGAGCAGAGCUGUGGUGAGAUCAGGAGGCAAAAACAAAAAUGCAUCGAUUAAGGACUUGUGCUGCUAAGCUGAGGCCACUGACGGCCUCUCAGACUGCUAAAACAUUAUCACACAAUGGGCCAGUAGUGUCUAGGACGUUUCAGCAAGGUCGCUUCUACACAGCGCCUGUGGCAGCUGAGCCCUUUCUGAGCGGGACUAGUUCGAACUAUGUUGAGGAAAUGUACUUUGCGUGGCUUGAGAAUCCACAGAGUGUUCAUAAGUCUUGGGAUGUGUUCUUCCGAAAUGCCAAUGCAGGGGCGGCGCCAGGCACAGCUUACCAAAGUCCUCCGCCGUUGGGUGCCAGCGUCGCGUCUCUGUCCAGCGUCCAGUCGGUGAUGGUGGCUCAGCCCAACGUGGACAAGUUGGUGGAGGAUCACCUGGCAGUGCAGUCGCUCAUCAGAGCUUACCAGAUCCGGGGUCACCAUGUUGCGCAGCUCGACCCACUAGGAAUCCUGGAUGCGGACUUGGAGUCGUCCCUUCCAGCUAACCUAGUCACCAGCUCAAACGGACUUGGUGAGGGCUCUAGAGUGGGCGGACCCCUCUCUCUCCUCAUUUUUUUAAAAAAAACAAAAUGUUUUGGUGUUGGAGCUCCUUUUUGUUUUUUUAGAAACCCCCCUUUCCAACCAACCCGAGUUUUGGCUUGUAGUUGUUAAAAGCAUGCGUGCAUGCAGUGCUGAACACUCUGCACUUUUCCUCCUGUAUGCUGAUUUGUCAAUGCUGAUCCGCCGUCGGGGCUGCACUUCUGAAUGACACCAAGUGCAUGUGUGAGACUGUGUGUGCGUUCUAACACUACCCUCUCCGCUGCUUCUCCCACAUAACCUCUGACCCCGCCCCCCCCUCCCCCUUCACCACUGACAAACAAAAUCUCCGUUGUCUCCAUGGGCAAUUCAAAAAUACCACGUCAAUAAUUCCUGUCACUGAGUCUGUAGUCGAACUGCAGUAAAGGAUUUUACUGACGUAUGUCAGACUGCGGACCUACCCGUUGGCUUAUUUUCUUCAAAAAUCCUUUUCGUUUCUCUUAACCCUGUCCCGGAGUUGGCCGCCAUUUUUUUUUCUCU